AUGACUAAAGAUCCGGAGAACAUCAAAGCUAUGUUGAGUACUCAGUUUAAUGAUUUUAUUUUAGGUCGUCAUGAAAUGGUUGAACCAUUACUUGGUGAUGGGAUUUUCAGUUUAGAUGGUGAAGGCUGGAAGCAUUCGAGAACAAUAUUGAGACCUCAAUUUGCCAGGGAGCAAGUUGGUCACGUAGAAAUGUUGGAGCCUCAUUUUCAAAUGAUGAAGAGGCACAUUCUUAAGCACUCUGAUGGUUCGCCGUUUGAUAUUCAAGAUUUAUUCUUCAAGUUUACCAUUGACAGUGCUACAGAGUUUUUGUUUGGCGGCACUUGUGGCUCUCUCCGUGAUGAAUCAAUAGCGGAAUCAGGAGGGGAACAAAUUGUCAAUGGAACUGAUUUUGCAAAAUGCUUCAAUGCAAGUCAGUUAUAUACUAACACCAGAAUAUUAAUGCAAUGGAUGUGUAUCUUCUGGAAUAGUAAAGAAUACAAAAGAUGUAAUGAAGUUGUUCACAAGUUUGCGGAUCAUUAUGUGGACAAGGUCUUAAAAAUGGAUCCUGACGAACUUGAUAAAAAUUCAUCAUCUAAGUAUGUCUUUUUGUAUGAGUUAGCAAAGCAAACCAGAGAUCCUAAAAUGCUAAGGGACCAGAGUAUUAAUAUUUUGCUUGCAGGAAGAGAUACCACAGCGGGGUUGUUAUCUUUUGUAUUUUAUGAAUUAGCAAAGAAACCUCACAUAUGGUCUAAGCUAAGGAAGGAAAUUGUCGAUAAUUUUGGAUGUGAUACUAAUGAUACUUCGAAUGUUUCUGCAUUAUCUUUUGAAAGUUUGAAAAAAUGUGAAUAUUUGAAGGCAGUAAUCAAUGAAACUCUUCGUUUGUAUCCAUCUGUUCCAAAGAAUUUUAGGGUCCCAAUUCGUGACACGACCCUACCAAGAGGUGGUGGAGAAGAUGAAUCUUCACCAAUAUUUUUACCAAAGGGAUCAAUGGUGGCCUACAAUGUUUAUUCUAUGCAUAGAAACAAAGACGUUUAUGGUGAAAAUGCGGAAGAUUUUGUCCCUGAAAGAUGGUUUGAUUCAAAUGUAAAGAACAUAGGAUGGAAUUACUUACCUUUCAAUGGUGGUCCUAGAAUUUGUUUGGGUCAGCAAUUUGCUUUAACUGAAGCAAGUUAUGUUAUUGCGAGAUUAUUUGUUAAGGUUGCCUGA